GGAGGCUGCCGCUCGCCGCCAGCCACGCCUGCUCCGAGGCCGGCCGGGAGCCAGGGGGCCGGCCCGGAGCUCCCGCCCGCCGGGCUGCCCUGGGACGGGAGGAGCCGGGAGAGGAGCCCGCCCCAGACUUUAGAGCUGCGAUGGCCAUCCAAAUACCCUGCCCUGCUUUGACAAAACCGAGAGCAAAAAGCCGAAACCCAGACACGGAGUUCCCAAGGUCACAGAGUUGUAGCUGCCAUUUACAAAUGAUGGCAUUAGCUCUGUGUCUGCAGGUGCUGUGCAGCCUGUGUGGCUGGCUCUCGCUCUAUAUUUCUUUCUGCCGCCUGAAUAAGCACCGAAGCUAUGAGUGGAGCUGCCGGCUGGUUACUUUCACCCAUGGAGUCCUCUCCAUAGGCCUCUCGGCUUAUAUUGGCUUCAUUGAUGGCCCAUGGCCUUUUACUCACCCAGGCUCUCCUAAUACACCCCUCCAAGUUCACGUUCUUUGUCUCACCUUGGGCUACUUCAUCUUUGACUUGGGAUGGUGCAUCUACUUCCGGUCAGAGGGUGCCCUGAUGCUGGCCCACCACACACUGAGUAUCUUGGGCAUUAUCAUGGCCCUGGUGCUUGGGGAGUCAGGCACAGAAGUCAAUGCAGUCCUCUUUGGGAGUGAGAUUACCAAUCCCUUGCUACAGAUGCGCUGGUUUCUCCGUGAAACAGGGCACUAUCACAGUUUCACUGGAGAUGUAGUGGACUUCCUCUUUGUGGCUCUGUUCACUGGAGUGAGGAUUGGUGUAGGAGCUCGCCUCCUUUUCUGUGAAAUGAUCUCACCCACGCCCAAGUGGUUUGUGAAGGCUGGGGGAGUAGCCAUGUAUGCUGUGUCUUGGUGUUUUAUGUUUAACAUCUGGCGCUUUGCAUGGAAGAAAAGCAUCAAGAAGUACCAUGCUUGGAGAAGCAGGUGGAGUGAGGAACGGCGGCUAAAACAUAAUGGACAUCUCAAGACACAUUAGCCACGACUUGCUUCAGAUCAUGGAUUGGGUUAAGUCAGCCAUGGGAACCAGGUUGGAAAUAUGGCUGUUAUGGAAUUACAUUUAAACUUAGGUUUCAAAAAAGGGCUAAAUUUAUUGAUCAAUUUGGUCAGUCUUCAAGCCGAGCAUACACCAGUAUUAAAACACUAACUUCUACAGUGGCACAGUUGUAGACAGAGAGAACACUCAGUGGUAGCUGGGAAUAAGUCAACUGUGAAGUGAGAACUACUGGCACUUUUUUUCAUUCGCGGUAACCCUGGGUCCUCUUGUCCCUGGGAGCUUUGAUGUUCAGACAGAAAGGAACUCGAAAAAGAUUAGUGCUAUUUAUUGUUCCUUCAAGAAGUAAUUGCUUCCACAAACAGUUAUUCCUGCUUUCCGUGUAGCAAUUUAUGUAAGUCCAUCCCAUUUACUAUAAAAUGAGGGACUGUCAGGAAGACACAUGCCUUUGGCAAGGAAGAGGGGAUUGGGUCUGAAGGAGAAUAGAAAAGGAUGAGAGUUGAAACUGUGGCAAUGGUGAGGGGGUCACUUACUGAACCUCCCUAUACCAACUCUGUUGGAGGUCCCCAAGACUACCCCCAGGUUUUGUGAUUCACUAAAGGACUCAGCAUAUAGUCAUGAAUAGCUUUGGUUUAUUAUAGUGAAAGGAUACAAAGAAAAAUCAGCAAAAGGAAAAGCUACCUGGGACAAAGUCUGGGGGAAACCAGGUACGAGUUUCCAGAGUCCUCUCCCAGUGAAAUCACACAGGAGAAUGUGCUCAGUUCCUCCGGCAACGAUUUGUGACAAUGUGUGAAAUGGUUGUCUACUGGGGAAGGUCAUCAUAGACAGACUUGGUUCCUAAGGUUUUUACUGGCGACAGGUCAUGUAGACAGACUCUGCUGGGCACGUAGCAAAAGUCAAGACUCUCAAAAGGAAAGCAGGUAUUAAGCAUACACCAUACUGUUUGCACAAACAGUUUAGGCACAGUGAGCCAGUCUUAUCAGUUAAUGGUGGGAAGUCUCCCAAAAUCUAACUUCACAGAUGCCGGCUAACGGCCAACCUUGCAAGCAGGCCUUUUUAAGGAUAGCAGUUGAGGCCUGCUGUGUUAACUCUUUUCUGCACAAAAACCAUAGAGCUAGGGGUUUGGAUUCCAGAUAAAUGAGGUGUGGGUAGAUUUACUGAGUCCUGCUAUACGGGUUCUGCCCUACCAGGAAAACUGUGCCAGUUCUCAGGGCUUUUGUGCAUUAAUCUCCUAGGCAUUUGAGGCUAUGACUAAAUUCCAUAGGGAUUUACCAUGUGGAUUCCACUGUGUUUGAGAUGGCAGUUCAGGUUUCAGCUCUGUUGUACAUAUUGCAAACUAGAGCCAAAGACUGUAAAGUGUGUACUGGCCUCAGGAUGAUGAGGCUAAUUUUUUUUUGUUUUACUCUUUUCAUUUCAGAUACAUUCCCUUUUAGUUUUUCUUCUUUCUCCUAAAAAGGUGCCACUCCAUGGACAAACUAAUAUGAUAAGGCCAAUCUUGGAAGGAAAAAAAAAAUUCUUAGUGUGAUCUUAUCUAGUCCGAAGUAGGACAAGCAAGAAUAGAAGCUUAGAAUAAGGGGUUAAGAGUCGAGAAUUCUUGGGUUCUUUUAGCUAAUUUUGCUACUCACUUGCCAGAUCAUUUGGGCAAUUUGUUUAUUCUCUGCCUCAGUUUAAACCUGUUGUGAAUGAAUGAAAUACCCUGCUGUGUAUUACAAAGAGAUACUAUGUGGCAUUUUAUUAAGGGAAGUCUUCAGGGCUUUUAUGAAAAAAUGAUUAUUUAUGUAUUUAUUGUUUAUUUAUUUAUUUAUUUUUACCAUGUUAUUUAGACCAAUAGUGAUUGAUUAGCUCAGUUGGUGAGCAAGGGUGUGGUGCUAUUGAAGUCAAGGCUGAAGGUCAGUAGGAAUGUCAGGCCAUUCUUUGGUCACAGGUAAUAUUAAACUAAUGAGUGGCCUUGAAAAUGGAUGUCAUUAGCCACAGAAACCAGGCAUGAGGGAGUAAACUGUAAAGUCAUCACUGCUAAGGGAAAAGAAACUUUAAAGGCAUGUUACCAAUGGGUGUUUAAAAAUGAGUGUCAUUUGUUUAAAAACAUUUGCUGGGCAUUGAAAUAAUCUGACAGCAGCAUCUCUUACGUCUUUCUUUCUAUGAUCAGUAUCCCUAAAAUACUGGUGAGCUUCUUUCCAACAAAAUUGUGAUCAAAGUAGGAUGCUGGAGAAUGCUGAUUUUAGCAAAAGCCUAGCAGUAAAGAGUGGCUUGGCAUAUGAGCUUAAAAAAAAAGAAAAAGCUGGCUCUUGAAUUUUGGCACGGUGCAACCUGUUCCAUACCAGACAAAUGAAUAAGCUUAAUCUGGUACCAAUUCUUUUCUCCCUUACCCCUUAGAAGUGAAGGGAUUGCAGAUCUUGCUGUUUUGGGGCACUCUCAUGGGAAUGUACAUAGGUUUUUUUGAAUGAUGAGAAACCUGAAUAAUUGAUAAGGGGAAGGGAAUCCCUCAUUUCAGUUUUUCUUUAUGUUGUAACUCAUAGCUAUGAAGAAACAUCUGAGAGAAAAGGAUGAACUGAAGAUGACUCAGCAGUUAAGAUGCUGAGUCUUUACACCACAGGUAAAUGAAGGGCUAAUUAAUGUGUGGUCUGCUCAGACAAAAUGAAGUACUCAUUUGCACUUGGAUUACUAUGUAAUAAUAACUAACGCUGUUCAAGAAGGAUUUGUAUUUCAAUAAGAUUUGUACUAAAUUUUAUAAAAGUAAAACAACUUUUAUAUAAAUCCA